AAGCACGGUGUGGCCAAGCCCAUUAACUAGUGAGACCCUCACUCAAGCCCAAUCCCACUAUUGACAGCCGACCAAGUUGAAUUGAAGAGGAGAGAAAUUCAUAGCAAGCCUCGACUCUCAGCCACCCUUCUCUGUCUUGGUAGAGUAGGUCAGGUUUGGGGGUUAGGGUUUUGGGAUUCAUCUAGCAUUGCAUGAUAGAGUUGGGAGAAGAGGAGAGGCAUAUGACAACAGCUAUUCGGUCUGUGGUUGGAAAGUUGGGGAGUAAAUACUCUUCAUGUUGUCACAGCAAAGGAAGAACAGUAGCAAACAUGGUUAGGGUUGGGGACUUUCAAAUUAGGAGCUCAGUAGUCAGCAACUACAAUAUUGACCGUGAUGUCUUGUUUUCAAUUUCAAAGCCGCCUCCUUCUUAUGGUUAUUCCUCUCGCCAUCCUUUUCUUUUUGGUAACCACCAUAAGAAAGCUCCGCCAGUUCUGCAUCUGGAAUAUUUUAAGUGGCCCGGUGGAUUAGCAGGUAAUCAUCGUGUAGCUCCGUAUUCUAUGGAUAAUCCCAAUACCAUAGCUCUUGCCAUUUUCGCUGUGAGAGAGUACAACAAGGAAAAGAAUGCCAAACUGCGGCUUGUGAGAGUUUUGAGGGCAUGGUACAAAUGUUCUGGUGCUUCGAUCUCAUAUUUUUUUACAAUGGAGGCAGUUGAUAAGGGUGUGGUUAAAGUUUUCCAAGCAUUGGUUUUUUCACGUAGCUGCGAAAGGGAGCUAAGAUUGUUUGGUCUUCUUAAUGUUGAUAACGGGAGUUUGUUAAAACUAAUUGUUAAAGGACCUACAAAACCUUAUGAAGGACUAUCUGCGUGCAUAGCCCAAAGGUACAUGAAGAUUCCAAGAAAGACAAGCAGAAAUUGUCUUGAGGAAGAGACACUAAGCACCUUACUACACAUGUCACCUCUCCGAUAAUAUUAAGCUGCAUAGAUUUGACAGGGAGCUGAUAUUUUGGUAGGAUAGGCUUUGGUUGCAGGUGAAAAAAAUUGAGCAGAGUGUUCUGAUGGAGGCACUUUUAGGUUUAAGGAAGAAUCAACAAAUUAUGAGCUCUAGACGGGGUGUUACCGUAGGCCCUUGCUGGACAGUCAAUGCGUUUAUUUCAACCGCACGAGUAUUGAGGAUUAAUUUAACCAUUUCAUUAAUUUUAAAACUUAAAUUUAUCCAAUAGUCAAGUAAGCUGUGAGAAAAAUGAACCCAAACGUAUAAAAUGUCUUGCAAUUUGCAAACCAAACUCAUGUAAAUUGCAUGGCAUACACUUCCGCGUUUACGAUACACAUCUAUAAAGGCAUUUGCCAAAGAGACUUCCUUUGCAAAA